CAUAUUGUCACGAAAUAACUACAUAUGUUAAUAAAAUUUUACCAAACGUUAAUGUCUCUUCCGUUACUAUACAUAUAUACAUAAGAAAAACGUAAAAUUGCGCAGAAGAUAAAAAUAAUUUAUACAUUAAUAAACGAAUGUAUGUAAGCAAACAACAGAUAUAGAACUGUGAAAUGCAAUAUAACCUCAAAAUCAGUGUAAUGAUUCUUAGCAACAGAAAAUAAUUAAUGACAAAAUAAUGGACAAAAUGUUAACAAGCACAGUAUACAUUAUUCGACGAUUAGCAUGUAGAGCUACGACAUGUCAAUAUCCAAAAUUGAAUUGUGUUGCACAUUUACAUACAGGCUAUAAUAAUCAUACAUUAAAACAAAGUCUGUUUUCUCCUAUAAAACAAUUUAAUGAUGUACAAAGGCGCACAAUGUUCAUUCAAAUACAAGAUACACCAAAUCCUAAUAGUUUGAAGUUUUUACCUGGUGUUAAAGUCCUAGAACAAGGCCAAACUAAAGAUUUCCCUAAUGUCACUGAUGCAUAUUGUUCACCACUUGCAAAAAUGUUAUUCCGCAUUGAUGGUGUAAAGUCUGUAUUUUUUGGACCAGAUUUUAUUACAAUAACAAAAAUGGAUGAGGAUGUAGAAUGGAAAUUACUGAAACCAGAAAUAUUUGCAGUCAUUAUGGAUUUCUUUGCAUCUGGUUUACCUAUGUUAACUGAUGAGCAGCCUGCAGCUGAUACACAAAUUAGUGAUGAUGAUAAUGAGAUAGUUCAAAUGAUAAAAGAAUUAUUAGACACUCGAAUAAGACCAACAGUACAGGAAGAUGGAGGUGACAUUGUAUUUAUGGGUUUUGAAGAAGGUAUAGUGAAAUUAAAAAUGCAAGGUUCCUGUACAAGUUGCCCAAGUUCUGUGGUCACUUUAAAGAAUGGAGUUCAAAAUAUGAUGCAAUUUUAUAUUCCCGAAGUCCUUGGAGUAAUACAAGUAGAGGAUGAAACUGAUCAAAUAGCAAAAAAAGAAUUUGAAAAAUUUGAAGAAAAGGUUACAAGCUCCAAAGCCAGUGAAGAAAAAUAA